UAAAAGAAACAGCUGUCAAAAAAGCCGAUAAGUCUGGAAAGAUUGCUUGAUGGAUAUAAAUAUUGUAGCUUUGGACAAUAGAGAUAAGUAAAAUCCACGUAAACCAACUAACAAUAAUUAAAACUUGGACAACGUAAACUGCCGCGUAGCAUACAAAGUCGCCUAAAAAUGUGUGGAGUUCGCAUGCUGCACCUACUAAGUGUACUGCUGCUGCUGGGAAUCAAUUGCGGCGUUGUGAAAGGCUUUGAUAAAAGUCCACAGGAGCAAAAGGAAAAGUCGUCAAAGCUGCCACCUUGUAAAUCGUGUACCGUACUUGUAGAGUCGUUCAAGCUGGGUUUAGAUAAAACUAGUCGCGGUAAACAUGCCGGUGGAGAUGCUGCUUGGGAAGAGGAGAAACUGCGUUCAUAUAAAACUAGUGAAGUGCGUUUAGUGGAGGUGCAAGAACACUUGUGUAGUGAUGUGCGACGUGGGCAAGAUCAAUGCCAUACUAUGGCCAACGAUCAUGAACAUUUACUAGAGGAUUGGUUCUUGCAUAAGCAAACUGAUAUGCCUAACCUGCACGCCUGGCUUUGCAUCGAACAAUUGAAAGUGUGUUGUCCAGAUGAUCACUACGGUCCGGAAUGCAAACAGUGCACUGAUUGCAAUGGCAAUGGAAAAUGUAAAGGAUCUGGCACCAGGAAAGGCAAUGGAAAAUGCGCUUGUGAUGCUGGCUUUACAGGUGACAAUUGUAAUACGUGCGCGGAUAAUUACUAUGAAGCCUACAAUGAUGGAAAGAAAAUGCUUUGUUCCACAUGUCACAGAUCUUGCGGGGAUACUGGAUGUACUGGUGCUGGUCCCAAAGCUUGUCGUAACUGCAAGGAAGGUUGGAUAAUGGGCACGGACCCAGCCGGUUGCCAGGAUAUAAAUGAGUGCUUAGUUCAAAAGCGCCCUUGUCAUCCCAACCAGUUUUGUGUGAAUGAUGAGGGCACAUUUUCGUGCCUAGAAUGCGAUCGUUCCUGCGAUGGCUGUGACGGUGAUGGGCCCGACAUGUGUAAAAAGUGUUCUACCGGAUACACGUUGAAAGAUGGAAAAUGUUUGGAUGAGUCAUCUGACCAACGCGACCAAUUCGUUAAUAUCACGCGUUUACUCACCUACUUUGGCCUAUGCAUCGCCACUUGUGUCAUUUUCCAAAGUUCAACACACAUCGCCUAUAUUGUGGGCGCAGCUGUAGCCAUCUACAUAGCAGCAUCCGAGUAUUGGCUCAGUUCCACAGCAUCGCAGGGCGCAGCUAAACCACAAUUUGACACUAAGCAAUUAGAAGAUUUAAUUAUGAAGUCACUUUAAUAUCAAAAAACAUUAACACGAAAUAUUUAUAAGCAAUUGCAAUACAAGACAAAAGUCAAUGCAAAUAUUUAUUAGGAAAAUUCAAUUUUAUUCUGUGAAUAAAAGCUGUCAAAGUGUAGCAAAUUAACGAAAUUAAAUUACUAACGACAAAUAUAUGUUUUAACAACGCACAUACAUACAAAUUUAUAGCAAAUAACCAAUAUUCAGGGCACAAUUAAAAUUUAACUGCGUUUUUAUUACAUUCUUCCACAUUCUAACCACUUUGAUGAGCUAUAAAAAUGUAAAAUUAAUUUACAUUCCCAACAUUUGCUUUUAAUUUAUAUUUAUUUAUUGGCUAUUAGUUGCUAAAUAUUUUUUUCUUUUAAAAUUUUGGUUUUACAGACGAGAACAUAAGUGACGAUAGUGAGGACGACCCGAAUAUAACAGAUAACGGAAAGACCGAACUGUAAUUUUAGUUAAGAGGUAGCUUGUUAUGGCACCGUUAUGUCAUAUUAGCGACUUGUAAGCGGAUCUAUGCCAACAACAAUUGUUAGAUUUGCACCAGAAUGAAGCUAUUUAAAUGAAUUUACUGUUAUAAACUAUUUUUUUAAUUAUAAUUAGCACUAAUUUUUAUUAAAAAGCAAAGCAUAGAUGCCAAAAACACUGAUCCCAUAUAUUUAAGCGCACUUUUAGUUUAAGCUGAAUUCUAAGUAAUAUUUAUCUGACAUGUAACUGCCAUUUUAAUAAAUGGAUGCUCGCAUAAUUGAAAUAAACUUCCAUUUUUUCAAGACACGCCGUAAA